UUUGCGAAAAGUCACGUAGGCCACUUGUUAUAGUUCGCGCGUUUAUAAUUUCAAUUUUUAUUAUUUUAUGACCGCGUUAAACAAUACUUAAAUAUGCAAAAUUAAGAAUGGAAGAUUUAACAGCUAACUCUAAAGUAGUAGUUGUGCGAGCAAAACCCGAAGGCCAGAGAAAAACUUUCAAACCCAAUGUGCGAUCAGUGAACAAAAUACCAGAUGAAUUGUUAAAUGAUCCUCUUAUUAACAGAGCUUGUGAAGCUUUACCCCAAAACUAUAAUUUUGAAAUUCAUAAGACAAUAUGGAGGAUUCGUUCAUUGGGAUCAAAAAGAGUCGCUAUACAGUUACCCGAAGGUUUAACUAUGUUUGCCACCACUUUAUGUGAUAUAAUAGAGACAUUUACUAUAGCUGACACUGUAAUAAUGGGCGAUGUUACUUAUGGAGCCUGCUGUAUAGACGACUUUACUGCUACAGCAUUGGGAGUAGAUUUAUUAGUACAUUAUGGACAUUCAUGUCUCAUACCGAUUGAUCAAACAAGCAGUAUAAAAGUACUUUACAUAUUUGUAGAUAUUAAAAUCGACCCAUCACACUUUUUAGAUACAAUAAGACUGAAUUUUCCAAGGAAAACACAUUUAGCAAUAGUUAGUACUAUACAAUUUGUCACAACUCUCCAUUCAGUGGCAAAAGAUCUGAGAAAUGAAGAUUAUAUUGUUACAAUUCCUCAGAGUAAGCCUCUUUCUCCAGGUGAGAUUCUUGGAUGUACUGCCCCCAAACUAAAUUCAGAUUGUGUAAUAUAUUUGGGUGAUGGUAGAUUUCAUUUAGAGGCAAUUAUGAUAGCUAAUCCUUCAAUACUAGCAUAUAAAUAUGACCCAUAUGAGAAAAAAUUUACCUCAGAAGUAUAUGAGCAUGAUGUUAUGAAAAUGAACAGGAAAAAUCAAAUAGAAAUAGCCUCAAAUGCCAAUAACUUUGGCUUAAUAUUGGGUACACUGGGCAGACAGGGUAGUACAAAAGUAUUAGCCAAUCUAGAGAAGCAAAUCUCAAACUGCAAUAAAAAUUAUGUUAAAAUAUUAUUAUCAGAAAUAUUUCCAAGUAAGUUGGCACUCUUUGGCUUAGAUGCAUUUGUGCAGGUUGCUUGUCCAAGGCUGUCAAUAGAUUGGGGUACUGCAUUUCCGAGGCCAUUGCUGACACCAUAUGAAUUUUCUGUGUCAUUAGGGAAUAGUAAGUGGCUGAAAGAUGAUGGAACCUACCCUAUGGACUUUUAUGCAAGUGAUAGCUUAGGGCCAUGGACUCCAAAUUACAAGCCUGUUUUGUGUUCAUCUUCAGACAAGAAAUGUGAUAAUUGUUGUGGAAAGGAAAAAUGACUUACAGGCGCUCCACCUUGAGCUGAUACUGCAGCG